AUGAGCCAGGACUGGGUGGGUCAGGAGGUUGCAGGCAAGAGCAAGAAGAAAAUUUGGACUGGACAGUGUGAGAAAUGGAGGAGAAAUGAGAGACUGUGUGGGAGGCCUGUGACUGCCGGAGGCUGUAAGGUUUCUCCGGCAGGGAAGUGGGCAGAGGGAGAGGUUUGUGUGUUGGUGUGCCAAAGGAAGUCAGGUGAGAGGGCAAGAGGGUUGAGAGGGGACCUGUGUCUGAUUCCGAGGGCAGCUUGCUUGCGGAGGCAUCCUUCACCUAACAGAGCUUCAAUGUUUCUGCUGCUGCCUCUGCUCUUCAAGGGACUUCUCUGCCAUGGGGCAAGCACAGUGGCUCCACAGGUCUUAGGACCCCGUCAUUCGUCCGCAGAAGAGCCCCUCUCCUUCCAUGUGCUCCAGAUCUCCUCCUUUGCCAAUCGCAGCUGGACACACACCCAGGGCUCAGGCUGGCUGGGUGAGGUGCAGACUCAUGGCUGGGACAUUGUCUUGGGCACCAUCCACUUUCUGAGGCCUUGGUCCCAGUGUAACUUCAGCAAGGAGGAGCUGAAGGACAUCCAGGCGUUCCUGCAGUUGUACAUCCAUAGUUUCCCUUGGGAAGUGCAGGCCUUUGCCAGUCAGUUUCAGUUUCAAUACCCCUUUGAGCUCCAGGUAUCAUUUGGCUGUCCUGGGAAGGCCUAAGAAAGCUUCUUAAAUGGGGCAUAUCAAGGAUCAGAUUUCCUGAGUUUCCAAGAAAAUUCCUGGAAGCCAUCUCCAGGAGCAGGGAGUCGAGCUCAGAAUGUCUGUAAGGUGCUCAACCACUACAAAUUUAUUAAAGAAAUCAUUCAGAGCCUUCUCAGUGACAUCUACCCUCGCUUUCUGGCAGGCCUCCUUGAAGCAGGGAAGUCAGAACUGCAGCAACAAGUGAAGCCAGAGGCUUGGGUGUCCAAAGGCCCCAGUCCUGGGCCUGGUCGUCUGUUGCUGAUGUGCCACGUCUCUGGCUUUCAUCCAAAACCCAUGUGGGUGAUGUGGAUGAGGGGUGAGCAGAAGCAGCCAGGCACUCGGCAAGGUGAUGUCCUGCCCAAUGAUGAUGGGACUUGGUGGAUACUCCUUCCUCCUGAUAUGAAUCUGUUUGAUGGUAAUAAUUUCCCUGGUCAUGUUGGUUAG